UAUAUAUAAUAUGAGUGUGUAUUUAUCAAAUAUUUUGUCACAUACUUCGUUUUUAAGUGCUGUUGACGACAAAUAUACAUGAGGGCAACUACACUCAAGUUAUCUUUUCUGCAAGUAGAUAUACGUAUGGACAUAUACUAGAAAACACGAAAAAUAAACUUAAGCAGUUGGAAUAUUUGGAGGUGGAAAAUCUAGAUCAUCAGAUGUACAGCCAAAACCGCUUUAAAUACAUAUGUCAGGAUGGCCGAUAAUCAAUUGAGCGAAUCAGACAGUCAUGACCAUAUUCCGCUGCAUGCAUCAGGUCUAUCCAUUCCAUUUGCUGCUCUCUUUAUUGUUGGUGAAAUAGCCGGUACUGGGGUGCUGGCCCUCCCUAAGGCCAUCGACGACUCAGGUUGGAUUGGCCUCGUUUUGAUUGUUGCAUGCGCUCUCUUAUCAUCAUACACGGGGAGCAUUCUGGGACAGGCAUGGCUAAUUGUGAGAGAAAGAUACCCAGAGUACAAGAGGCAUUGUCCAAAUCCAUACCCGGUGCUAGGAGAGAAGACUUUCGGAAAGAAAGGAAGAUAUGUGGUCUCCUUCUCCAUUAAUUUUACUAUGUUUGGGGUGGCUGUAGUAUUUCUGCUCCUGGCAGCAGAAAACAUAGAGGAUUUGAUAGAGGACUGGACUGACACCGAUUUAUCCUUCUGUAUCUGGCUGGUCAUUCUAGCCGCCUGUAUCUGUCCUUUAACAUGGCUUGGAACGCCAGUCGAUUUCUGGCCAGUUGCAUUGGGAGCAACACUUGCUACAGCUAUUGCGUGUAUUCUGCUAAUCGUCAAAGUUGCUUUAGAUGUGGGAACAUACGACCCAAUUCUGCAUUCCAAGACAGAGUUUGAGCCAUUUUUUAUGGCGUUUGGAACAAUAGUGUUUGCCUUUGGGGGUCACCCUGCAUAUCCAACAUUCCAGACUGACAUGAAAAAACCAAAAAACUUUAAAUGGGCCGUGUUUCUUGCAUAUAUAAUUACAAUACCGAUGUAUCUUCCUAUGCCCGCCAUUGCUUACUUUGUUUACGGCAAGAAUGUGAGGGCAAACAUUCUCCUCAUGCCGAAUGGUGGAACCCUUAAUCAAGUCGUGGAAGUACUGAUCACCAUCCACUUGCUGCUGGGUCUGUUGAUUUGUAUCAACCCCUUCUGUCAAGAUGUUGGGUCAUACGCCAGGAUCCCAAAAGAUUUUACCUGGAAGCGAUGUGUAUUUAGGUCACUUAUUGUAGCCAGCAUACUUUUUGUGGCUGAAACGAUCCCCACAUUUGGUAACAUUUUGUCCCUAGUGGGCGGGUCCACGGUGACGCUUUUAGCUUUUAUCUGCCCAUCCCUUUUCUAUUUGAAACUGAAGUCUGUUCAUCAGAAGGACAUGACUGAGAUAAUAAAUGGAAACAAAGAUAAUAACCUUAGUCUUCUAGACGACGAAAAUGGUGGACUUCCUCUGUGGGUUAAAGUCAUGAACAUCGAGAUCAUUCUGUUGGGGGCCGUGGCUGGCAUCGCCUCUACAUAUUCCGCCAUCAAAUCCAUCAUCAGUAGCGACUUUUCCAAACCUUGUUAUUUAUAAUGAUACAGUGGCGCUGCUGACAUUUUUAUAUCAGUAUCAGUAAAGGAGUCAAACGUUAUGAGAGAAUUUACCACCAGUGACACUAACAUCCUUCAGCUGAAUUAUUUGAACUCACUAACUAGGAAAAAACCGAGAUAUUUUGUACAGGAAUGAUUGCCGGUUAUAUAAUAAUGAUCGAGAUUUGUAAUUUAUUAGACGUUUUUAUUAAUCACAAUUUAAUUUUUUUUUUAAUUUCAUUGAUGACAGUUUACUAGUAUAUCUAAGGUGUAAGGUCCCUCUGAAAAGAGAGAAAACUUUCCAAGGAAAUUAUUCUAAGCAAUCCAAUGAAUGAUCUUACCAGAGUCCAUUACAUAGUCAAUUCAAUAAAAUCUGAUAUAUGUUACAAAUAUCAAUUUUUUUGCCAAUAUUUUUAAUAGUUACUUAUAAUAAUUUACCUAAAACAUUUGUACUCAGUUCCUUUAAACUGUUAAAAUUGAGAUUUUAUAUCUCUUAAUAAACAAUUCUAUAAUUGUUACAGAAAUUUAUCAUGUAUCAG